UCAACAAAUCUAGGUCAAGCAGCCAAAGCUGAACGUGAGCAACAAACGAGGAAUUAUCUUCUCGCUUAGUUGCCACAUAGAACAACCGCGAUCAUUAUGCGGAUCAUCGUUUUACUCACGAACAACUCCGAGGAUGGUGUAGAAUAGAUCAGCGAUGUUUCAUCGAGUGGUUUCCAUGGAUAAUCUUCGAAAGUUGCCAGCGCAGGCCGCCGGGGGUUUGUUACCCGUGUUGGGGCAGUCCUCAAAAUUUGAUGAGGUCCUCGUCAACUUAGAACUUCCAUCGCCAUCGGCCGAGGCCCAGGAGAAAGCGUUUGUACCAACAGACGCUGGGAUAGUGUCAAAUGAAACCACAGCUACAGUUGAGACGCCUUCAAAACGCUCAAACUGUUUGCAAUUUUCUUUAUCAACGGUUGUGGUCAUAGCUGUUGUACUGUUUAUGCUAAUACUGUGCAGGGAAUACAUAAAGAUUCUCUUAAUUUGGCUAGGAGAACUUGACGUCUGGCAAGGCUGCCUGAUUUAUCUAGUCCUUUUCACUGUUGUGUCUUUCCCAAUGACUUGGGGUUAUGUUCUGUUAAACAUAUCAUGCGGAUACCUCUAUGGCUGUAUAUUUGGCACCUUCACUGUUAUAUUAUGUGUGUUAAUUGGAGUCACGAUAUCACAUUUUGUUGUAAAACAUUUCUUUUAUGACUGUGUUAGCACUAGGCUACAAAACGAGAACUUAAUGGCGGUGGUGAAGGUCAUCGAAGGAAAGCAAGGGUUUAAAGUUGUGGCCCUUGCAAGGCUGACACCAAUUCCAUUUGGAUUACAGAACGGGCUGUUUGCAAUAACCCAGAUGAGUGCUGUCAAAUACCUGUGUGCAUCCACCCUGGGUCUUCUUCCCACACAGAUCCUCAAUGCUUACAUUGGCUCCACUCUCAGGUCUAUGGAGGAUGUACUCUCAGAUGACUCUAACCAGACAACAGGAUGGAUUGUUUUUAUUACUCAGUUAGUGUUCACUGUCCUCCUCAUGUUCUUUGUGGUCCGUAAAGCAAGAAAUGAACUUAAGAAGACAGUAGACGAGCAGGAGACGGGCGAGGACUUGGUUCUCAUCGAGGAUGAUUCAGCCGAUCCAGACGGCUAUGUGAAAAUCACCAUCCCAUCAUCAUCCUCCCCAGAACUUUCCAAUGGCUACGCAACAAGAAGUAAACAGUUGCCUCCGUAAUCUCCAAGAUAAGAGCAACUAGGUACAAAAAUAAAUAAGUAGAUAAAUAAAUGGAAAAAGGCCAGUUGGGUUUUGAGAGGGCAGGUGAAUACAAAAUCUUAAUGCCACUGAUGAGACUUUUCCGACCUUUGUCGGAAUUCAGACUUCUUCAGUGUCAUUUGGGUCAUUCUUGUGAAUUGUGUACCCUGGACCCCAGCCAAUUUUCCUACUUUUUCGGUGAGGACUGGUCUCAUCCCUAAAUGUGAUCUCAUUUGAAUAAAACCUAGGGUAGCUCAAUGCUUAGUUAUAUUAAAUAUGUUUAAAAGUUAAUUAAAUUUUCUAUUUAUUAUUAUUAUUUUUUUUUUUUGCCAGUGGCUAAACUGUUUUAAGAUGAUUGAAAAAUGCAUAAUGUUUGUGGUAAUGGUUGUUGCUUGACCGUAAUCUGUAGUUCUGCUCAAAAAAAGGUUUGGGUUCAGGUUAGUAGUUUUACUGGUGUUAUAUGGGAAAGCAAACUUAGUGCCUGGGGUGAGAAACAUCAAGCUGUGCAUACUGAAUUCUAACCAAGACACACUUGAACCAAGUUGCUGUGUAGAGGAUGUAUUUUUUCAUUGUUUGUACAUGAUGUAUUAUUCAAACAUAUAAAUUUAUGAAGCUGUAACCUUCACUCGUCAGACCAUAAAUUUAUCAAAAUAGCACCAGUGGCAAGGACUGAAAUUGCACCCUUCUCUUAAAAUCUGACACCUAACUUUUAAAGAGAACUAUUGUGAAUCAGCUCAAAAGUACAAGUCAGUUUUGUUAUAUUUUAUU